GUCUCUCGUCCUUUUUCGGAAAAUGUUGCCGUCAAUCGCGAGAGCGCCGUCGAAAUUUUGGAAAAAUCGCCCUACGAAAAUGUAACACCAACAAUGGCGACUUCGAGUGACGGGAUGGUGAUCAAAAACAUAUUCGAAUGCGGGAAAAAUAACCUCCAUUCGGACUCUUACAAAAACGUGUUGUGUACCUGAUUAAAUUGUUAAAUCUUUUCCAAUUUUAUUAUCUCAUUUCGAUCGUUUUUCGUAAAACUAACCCACAUAUAACUAAUAUUUAUUAAAAAGAAUAUAUACGCACAAACUCACACGUAUCCCACAUAGUUGUAUUACAUGUUGGAAAGGAAUUUUUCUUGUGAUAUAUCGUCGGGUAACAUUUAUUCUGUUCAUCGGAGUUCGAAAUAACACAACUUGUCUCCACUCAAAUCAUGGUGGAUUUAGGUGGAUAUGUAAUCAUUCUGGUCGAAACCAAAGAUAACAAAAUUAAAUUAUAUGGUUCACCUGCUGACAAAGACAAUUUGGAAGUUGGAGAUGAAAUUUUGGAGGUUAACGGGAAGACAUUAGAAGAUGCAACUCACACAGAAGUGAUCAGUCAUAUCCAUCAGUGUAUAAGAUCUCGAACAAUAUGUCUGCGUGUAAAGAGAAGAAGUGGCGCUCGUUUAGCUGUAGACUUGGACCUGUGUUCGAGCAACGUUCAAGAUGCGUUCGUUAUCGCGGUCGAACAACAAGCGAGAGAACGUUUGGAGAAACUCUCCGCUCUCAAACGGAUCACCCCCAUCGACAUGAACAAACUCUCACAACAAUUAAAUCAGACGACAUCAACGGGCGAAGAACUGAACGGCUUUAUCAAAAAUUCACCAAUAUACGUAACUUCUUUGACCGCCACCGAAAAUAUAAACAACAACAGCACCGCAAACAAAGGACAGGGAGGCGGAAGCGUCUUGAGUACGACUACGGCCGUCGUGGCCGCCAACAAGGACGUAAUCACCACCUCGAAACAAUUGCCCAAUGGUAGAGGCGAACCCCUCGGAGGACUACCGACUAUUGAUCAUUUAGAAAAUUCAAAUAAAGUGCCGAAUGACGUAAGGGCUGAUGUACAGAACGAUCUCCUUAAAGCUGGAGAAAGCCCGACACAAGCUAGAAAAUUAGGAGAUAGAAGAAGCUCUUCUCCUUUCCAAAAUGGAAGAACUGAGCUGCUGCUAGCUGCAGAAGACAAUAAUAAAGUGAAAACAACGGCCAUUAUAGAAAGCAAUAAUAAUAAAUUGAGCAUUGAUUUAGAAAAUAGGCCUCGUCGACGUUCGGGCAGCAGUAUAGUUGUUCUCGACGGGGACCAAGAGCCGGUGAAAAAGCACCCAGACGACUUAGACGACAGCCUAGAGUACAAUAACAUGGUGAUGAUGAUUCCCAGCGAUAACGGACCCCACAGGGAAAUGGCCGUUGACGUGCCGGAUACGUUCAUCGCUAGGAAUAAAACCCCACCUAGGUAUCCUCCUCCAAAACCCACGUUACAGGUAGGGUACGACAAACUAUUGGGAAUUUCGUUCGAUGACGACAAUCAAGAACGGGCCAUAGACGUACCCGAUAAUUUCGUAGAAAGAAAAAAGACAACUCCUAAGUACCCUUCUCCGAUAACUAUUAAGAGUGGGCUAAACGAUUCCACCGUGUGUCAAACCUCAUUAUUAUCCGAUAGUACCGCCGCAACGACGAAACCCGUACCGCCGCCCCGCGAUCACCUCAAGAUCGAAAAGGACGGUCGUCUAGUCAACAGGGCACCUGCUCCACAGUUACCCGCCAGAAUUACCAAUAACAAUAGCAUCACCCCUAGUAGUAAUGCCGCCCCGACCGCCACAACGCCAGUGUGCGCAGAGCCUACUCAAGAUCAGUUAGAUAGCAUUAAAAAAUAUCAGGAACAAAUUAGAAAGCGCAAAGAAGAAGAAGAUCGAUUAGCAGCCCAGAAUGAAUUCUUGAACCGAUCAUUGCGAGGUUCUCGCAAACUCCAAGCUCUCGAGAGUAAACCCCACGGUUCCAUCAACGAUGCCUUCGAAGACGAGAGCCAGGAAUCCUCCAGACCGGGCACGCCAUCAUCUCCAGCGACAGGAGAAAAGGAAAUCGUCCAUGUACAGUAUGCUUAUGGUGACUUGGUCGCAUCCAUCCAAAGGUUACAACUGCAACUUAAGAAAGUCGGCUCCGGAAGCGGAUUAAGCAGUCUAGAAGGCCGAAUCGCCGCCAUCCAGUCCCUCCUUUUAUCACCGCAAUUCAGCCGAGCGCUGGCUGUCCACAACACAGUCCAAAGCGUGAGGUCGCGAACCGCGCCCAGGCCUUCGCCUACAGCUCAAACCGCCCUCAGAGACUGCCUGGAUGCGAUAGGUCAUUCCCAAAGUGCUUAUGCCGUGGAAUUGGCAACUCUAUUGACUGCUUACGAAUUUGAAGCUCUGAUGGUUGCUCAUGAUGGUGUGGCGUCCACCCUACCAACCGAUUCCACAUCGCCAACGCCAUCUACCUCCGAAACCGCACAACUGACGGCGACGGAUCGUAGAUACGGGGAGAAUAACAUAAAAGUUAUAAAAAUAGAAAAAAGUACUGAACCACUAGGUGCCACUGUCAAAAACGAUGGCGAUGCCGUUGUUAUAGGAAGGGUAAUAAGAGGAGGAGCAGCUGACAAGAGCGGCCUCCUUCACGAAGGCGACGAAAUUCUCGAAGUAAACGGCAUCGAGAUGCGCGGCAAAAGCAUAAAUGCUGUCUGUGAUAUUUUGCAAACAAUGGAAGGCACUUUGACUUUCCUGAUUAUUCCUGCGUCCCAAGUGCCAAGGCACAAUAACAGGGAUAACUUCCUUCAUGUCAGAGCGCACUUCGAUUAUGACCCAGAAGAAGAUAUGUACAUACCUUGUAGAGAAUUAGGUAUUGGCUUCCAAAAGGGCGAUGUUUUGCAUAUCAUUAGUCAAGAAGACUCGAAUUGGUGGCAGGCGUAUAGGGAAGGAGAAGAAGAUCAAACUUUAGCAGGGCUAGUACCUUCCCUAACAUUCCAACACCAGCGAGAGAAUAUGCGAUUGGCAGCUGAGGAGCGAAUGUCAAAACCUCAAAGAAAAUCCACGACGUUACUCUGCGGCAAAACCAACAAGAGAAAAAAGAAGAAAGGCGCCUACGUCGACGGUGGUUACCCAAUGUAUUCGAAUAGCGUGGACGAAUAUGAUCCAGAUGAAAUCUUGACAUACGAAGAAGUUUCGCUAUACUAUCCGAGAGCGAACAACAAGAGACCUAUCGUUCUUAUUGGACCUCCCAACAUUGGAAGGCAUGAAUUAAGGCAGCGACUUAUGGAGGAUAGUGAACGAUUUGCAGCCGCAAUACCACAUACUUCCCGAGCUCGGAAAGAAAAUGAAGUGGAUGGCCAAGACUACCAUUUCAUAACGAGAGCGCAGUUCGAAGCCGACAUACUAUCAAGGAAAUUCGUCGAACACGGAGAGUACGAAAAGUCGUACUAUGGAACCUCCUUGGACGCUAUCAGGUCUGUGGUCAAUUCCGGAAAGAUUUGCGUUCUAAAUCUACAUCCGCAGAGCCUGAAGAUCCUCAGAACUUCCGACUUAAAGCCAUACGUAGUGUUCGUAGCGCCUCCUAGUUUAGAGAAAUUAAGACAGAAAAAAAUUAGGAAUGGAGAGUCAUAUAAAGAAGAAGAAUUAAAAGACACAAUAGAAAAAGCUAGGAUGAUGGAAGACAAAUACGGACACUUUUUCGAUCUUAUUAUUAUAAAUAACGAUACAGAAAGGGCGUAUCACCAAUUACUUAACGAAAUCAAUAGUCUAGAACGAGAACCUCAAUGGGUGCCAGCAGCGUGGGUGAAAGGGUGUUAGAACGAAGCCAUAAUUUUAUUUAAAUUAGGAUUGGUUGAAGCUCAAACUUUUAUAUUGUUUUUAAAAAUUUUAACCUGUAACGGCUCGUUACGUUUAGGUGUAUUACAAAUUUCGACUAGGAAAAAAGCUCAUGAAAUUUUUGUAGACUUGUUCCACUCCAGAGAUAUUUAUACUCAGAAAACGACUGUGUCAUUCAUUUAACAUCUUUAUUUCAAACAGAAUGAAUUUUUUAGAAUUAAAUUAAAUUAUGCAUAUAUUAUGUAGGUAAAACAAACACUCGUCGUACAAGCUCAAGAUAUGUGUCAAAUGAAACCUGUCAAUUGACAGGUUGAUUUAGGUGUAUCCUCCAAUUUUUUUAUCCGAGCUGAUAUCGAGAUAAUAAAGAAGAUCAUUAAUUACCUAAUCCAAAAAAAUAAUAUUAUGUAGCAAGGUAAUUUUUUAGAAGCAAUUUAGCUUAGUUUUUAAAAUAGAAACAAUAAUCAACAUGGUCCUUCUAGCCGGAUGUAUUCAAUUGAUUUUUAAUUUAAAAAAAAUUGAGACUACUACUCUGCACUCCAAUGAUGAAUAAAAAAUUCUUAAUUGUAUGGAAAAAUACGCAAUAACUUCUAGCUAAUACGCUUCAGAAAAAUAAAUAAAUCCUCAGUUUGUAAGGAAAAUUUCAACAUUCCAUUAUUUCGAAAACCUCACUAGCAAAAUUGGAGGAUCUAAAUGGAUCUUCUAAUUCUCCUAUAUAAAAAUACAUAUCUUGAUAUUUAGUGAUAUAGGUAAAGCAAGAAUUACAUAAAAAAAUAUCAUUUUCAUUACAAUCAACCGUGGUUUAAUGCCAUAUAGAUACAAUAUUUAAAUUAAACAUGCCAUAAGGAAACAGUUUCAAAACAAUCAAUCUUAUUGAGUUUUUGAUAAAAAAAAUAUUGUUUUCGCUAAAAUGUCUUCAUAAUGGAAUAAGUCUACGUUUAUGCAAAAUAUAAAAGUGUGAUACUCUCUUUUGAUAUAGGAAAGGAUAUUGAAAAGGACUUUUUAAAAAACGAGACGGCAAUAAUGACUGUACAUAUUUUAAUUGUAGAAACGUAAAAAAAUGUUUAAACUAUCUGUUCAUAGCUAUGUAUAUCUAGCAUGAAAAACUCGAAAAAUGUAUAUAAUAUAAAAAUGUAAAGUAUAGGUUAUGUCACGAUAUAUAAGGGAAUUCCCAAUAAUAGUUAUAUGUAUAGCAGCAGUAAAAUCUUAAGUCAGCGAUGUGUCAUGUGUCAUUGUAGUAAGAUUAUUAAUAAAACAAUAUACAAUAUAUUAUGGAAAUAAAAUACUUUAUUAUUUUUAA